GUUCAAGUCCAGCACCCAACACAUUUCCGAAAAAGCUGCGUCUUUACCAUGUCUGACGCGCCAGCGGUGCCUUUCUAUGUCAAGGCCAUGGCCGCUGUAGGCCGCAUGGCCAAACAUGUCACCGCAGAGCCCUGGCCAGCUCCGAAGAGGGACAAUCGUAACCCAGCCAUGACCGGUGAACAGGACGAUGGAUCCAAGGCUGUUGUGGAGGCUGAAGGGAUCAAAGGUGGUGGCCAGCGGGCACUUUUGGCCAGUCGACCAACGGGUGAGAUCAAGGACUCCGACUUCAAAAUCGUAGAGGAAGAGUGCCCAGAGCUGGGUCCUGGUGAAGUGCUCAUCAAAAAUAUCUAUAUCUCUCUGGAUCCAACUCAUCGCCUCUGGGCCAGUGACCAACCGCAGUACAUGGCAUGUGUGGGGAUUAACAACUGCAUGCGAGCCAGCAUUGUCGGCAAAGUUAUGAAGUCCAAUUCUCGCAAAUGGAAGGAAGGCACCAUUUGUGGAGGCAUGGGAGGAGUGCAAGAGUAUUUUGUGGCCAAGGAGGCAUCGAUCUAUCCGGUGAUUCCGGGAGUGCCGCUGCCACUGAACCUUUCCCUCUUCAACGUGGUGAUCGGUCUGACUGCCUGGGUCGGGGUGAACAUCUGUGAACCCAAGGCAGGUCAGACCAUUGUGGUGUCCGGCGCUGCUGGAGCUGUUGGAUCAGUAGCUGCGCAGUUGGCAAAGGCCCGAGGGAUGAAGGUGGUGGGACUGGCAGGCAGUGAAAGCAAGUGCACCUGGCUGAAGGAUGAGUUGAAAUUGGAUGGUGUGAUCAACUACAAGACUGAAGAAUUGGAUGUUGGCUUGGCGCGUUGCUGCCCUGACGGUGUGGAUGCAUACUUUGACAAUGUGGGUGGCAAGACGCUGGAAACCAUGCUCACCAAGAUGAAUCGAUUUGGAAGAAUUGCUUACUGUGGUCACAUCUCAGGCUACAACUCUGAGAGUGCUGCUGUCUCAGUGAACCAGUUCCAGAUGAUUUUGAUGCGCCGCUUGAAGAUCCAAGGCUUCAUUUGUGUGGACCACAUGGACGAAAUGGUGAAGUGCUUUGCCGAGUUGCUGGACUUGUAUGUGCGGGGCAAGAUGAAGGUGCAGGAAGACAUUCAGGAGACAAAGGUUUCCAACUAUGUUCAGUGUGUGAAUAUGCUCUACACGGGCAAAAACAGCGGCAAACUCAUGAUGAAGGUGAGUGAGGAAUGAGCCCUUGAUGAAGAUGGGUGGGGAAAGAUCCUUUUGUGAAGACAUUGGGUGCUCCGCCCUAUUGAUUUAUCCUGGACGUCGCCCAAUUGUGCGUCCCCUUUUGCAAUAUCCACAGAAACACAGCGCGUUGGCGUUGAGCUACAGAUCUCUGCAAAAAA